AUGGCGUUGAAGAAAGUUCAGCGAAGUAAGAAUGGUCAUCAAAACCUUGAAGAAAACCUUUAUAAAACCCACACCACACGGCAUUUUAAUUCAUCUCUUCCACUUGAACCACCACCCGCCGCCAUGAACCGUAACUCGAUCCGCCCUUUCACCUUCCCGGAAACCUUGUCCACCGUCCUACCUGACCCCUCCUCUUUCUUCUCGCCUAACCUCCUCUCAUCCCCUCUCCCCACAAACUCAUUUUUUCAAAACUUUGUCCUCAAAAAUGGCGAUCAACCCGAAUACAUCCACCCGUAUCUUAUCAAAUCCUCUCUAUCCUCACUUUCUCUCUCUUACCCAUCGCUGUUUUCCAACACUGCUUUCACAUAUCAAAUUUUUACAGCUGAUCUUACCAUAUCGGUUUUGAAUAACCCGAAUCCGAAUCAAACCCAUACCAUAUCUUCCUUCAAUGAUCUCAGCGUCACUUUGGACAUUCAACCCAGUUUGAGAUUCUUUCUCGUUAGAGGCAGCCCCUUCUUGACAUGCCAAGUAUUGCAAAAUGUCGCAUUAUCCAUUUCGACUAUCCACGCAAUUCUUGAUUUUGUUCCCAAUUCUUCUAAAACCAAGUACAAGAUCAAUCUGAAUAAUGGUCAAACAUGGGUUCUGUAUUCGUCAACGCCCAUCAGUUUGACCCAUGAUGUAUCCACCAUUUCAUCCGAUAAGUUUUGUGGUAUAAUACGCAUCGCUAUAUUGCCAAACCCGGAUUCUGAAUUCGAAUCCGUUCUUGAUAGAUUCAGUUCUUGUUAUCCGGUUUCUGGCCAUGCCGUGUUUACAAAACCAUUUUGUGUUGAAUAUAAAUUUGAGAAGAAAGGUUGGGGGGAUCUGUUAAUGUUAGCAAACCCUCUCCAUCUUCGUCUUCUUGAUAACUGUUCAGUUAAAGUUGUUGAUGAUUUUAAAUACAGGAGUAUGGAUGGUGAUCUUGUGGGUGUUAUUGGAGAUUCAUGGGUGUUGGAAACUGACCCCGUUUCUAUAACCUGGCAUUCAAUCAAAGGAGUUAAACAAGAAUCAUAUCCUCAAAUCAUUGAUGCUCUUGUGAAAGAUGUCGAGGGUUUGAAUUCAACUGCUAUAGAGACCACAUCAUCAUACUUUUUUGGGAAAUUGGUGGCAAGGGCAGCCAGGUUAGCAUUGAUAGCUGAAGAAGUCUGUUAUCUUGAUGUAAUCCCCAAAAUCCGAAAGUAUUUGAAGGAUACAAUUGAACCAUGGUUAAAUGGAACCUUUGGUAGCAAUGCGUUUCUGUAUGAUAAAUCUUGGGGUGGAAUUAUAACCAAACAAGGAUCCACAGAUACAGGUGCAGAUUUUGGUUUCGGGGUUUACAACGAUCACCAUUUUCACAUCGGGUACUUUCUUUAUGGAAUUGCUGUUCUAGCGAAGAUAGAUCCAAUUUGGGGAAGAAAAUAUAGAGCUCAAGCAUACUCUUUAAUGGCAGAUUUCAUGACACUGGGUAGAGGUGGAAAUUCAAAGUAUCCCCGUUUGAGAUGCUUUGAUUUGUGGAAGCUACACUCAUGGGCAUCUGGAUUGACCGAAUUUGCAGACGGAAGGAAUCAAGAAAGCACAAGUGAAGCUGUAAACGCGUAUUACUCUGCUGCUUUAAUGGGUCUAGCUUAUGGAGACACACAUCUUGUUGCAGUUGGAUCUUUGCUUACAGCCAUGGAGAUUCAUGCUUCUCAAACAUGGUGGCAUGUAAGAGAAGACGACACAAUUUAUGCUGCAGAUUUCACAAAGGAGAACAGAGUUGUGGGAGUUCUUUGGGCAAACAAAAGAGACAGUGGGCUAUGGUUUGCUCCAGCUGAGUGGAAAGAAUGUAGGCUAGGGAUUCAAGUUCUACCAUUGUUGCCGAUCACAGAGGUUUUGUUCUCUGAUGUGAGAUUUGUGAGGCAGCUUGUGGAGUGGACUUUGCCUGCUUUGGAGAGGGAGGGUGUUGGAGAAGGGUGGAAGGGAUUUGCGUAUGCGUUGGAAGGGGUUUAUGAGAAGCAGAUUGCUCUUGAAAAGAUGAGGAGUUUGACUGGAUAUGAUGAUGGGAAUUCACUGACUAAUUUGUUGUGGUGGAUCUUCAGCAGGGAUGAUGAUUCUGGUGAAGAUGGUGGUAGACAUUGUUGGUUUGGUCGUUAUUGUCACUGA